AUGAAACGUAUCAGAAGCAUUUAUAUAUUUUGUAGUAUUGCUAUAUCAGUGCAGGGCUGGGCUUCGAAGCUGCCAGAAGAAAGGGAGUUGACAACCAAUUGCUCCAACAUGUCCCUAAGAAAAAUUCCUGCAGACUUGACCCCAACCACAACCACACUGGAUUUAUCCUACAACCUCCUUUCUCAACUCCAGAGUUCAGAUUUUCGUUCUGUCUCUAAACUGAAGGUUUUGAUUCUCUGCCAUAACAGAAUUCAAGAGCUGAAUAUCAAGAUCUUUGAAUUUAACAGAGAGUUAAGAUAUUUAGAUUUGUCUUACAACAGAUUGAAGAUUGUAACUUGGUAUUCACUGGCAGGUCUCAGGCAUUUGGAUCUUUCUUUCAAUGACUUUGACACCGUGCCUAUCUGUGAGGAGACUGGCAACAUGUCACAUUUGGAAAUCCUAGGUUUGAGUGGGGCAAAAAUACAAAAAUCAAAUUUCCAGAAAAUUGCUCAUUUGCAUCUAAAAACUGUCUUCUUAGGAUUGAGAAGUCUUUCUCACUAUGAAGAAGGUAGCCUGCCCAUCUUAAACACAACAAAACUUCACAUUGUUUUACCAAUGAACACAAAUUUCUGGGUUCUUUUGCAUGAUGGAAUCAAGACUUCAAAAAUACUAGAAAUGACAAAUAUAGAUGGCAAAAGCCAAUUUGCAAGUUAUGGAACUCAAAAAAAUCUUACUUUAGAGAAUUCCAAGACAUCUAUUUUAUUACUUAAUAAAGUUGAUUUACUCUGGGAUGACCUUCUCCUCAUCUUCCAAUUUGUUUGGCAUACGUCAGUAGAAUGCUUCCAAAUCCAACAUCUGACUUUUGGAGGCAAGGUUUAUCUCGACCACUAUUCAUUUGAUUACUCAAACACUGUAAUGAGAACUAUAAAAUUAGAGCAUGUACAGUUCAGAAUUUUUUAUAUUCCACAGGAGAGAGUCUACUUGCUCUUUACCAAAAUGGAUAUAGAAAACCUGACUAUAUCAGAUGCACAAAUGCCAUAUAUGCUGUUUCCUAUAUAUCCUACAAGAUUCCAAUAUUUAAAUUUCGCUAAUAAUAUCUUAACGGAUGACCUGUUCAAGCAACCUAUCCAAUUACCUCAUUUGAAAACUCUCAUUUUGAAGGGCAAUAAAUUGGAGACGUUUUCUUUAGUGAGUUUCUUUGCCAACAACACAUCCUUGAAGCACUUAGAUCUGAGCCAGAAUCUGUUACAACAUGAAAAUGGUGAAAAUUGCUUUUGGCCAGAAACCUUGAUCACUAUGAACCUGUCAUCCAACAAAUUUGCUGAUUCUGUUUUCAGGUGCUUGCCCAGAAAUAUUCAAAUACUUGACUUGAAUAAUAACAAAAUUCAAACUGUCCCUAAAGACAUUAUUCAUCUGAAGUCUUUGCAAGAGUUAAAUCUUGCAUUUAAUUUUCUAACUGAUCUUCCAGGAUGCAGUCAUUUCAGAAAACUUUCAAUUCUGAACAUUGAAAUGAACUUAAUUCUCAGCCCAUCUCUGGAUUUUUUUCAGAGCUGUCAGGAAGUUAAGAUUCUGAAUGCAGGAAGAAAUCCAUUCCGGUGUACUUGUGAAUUAAGAGAUUUCAUUCAGCUUGAAGAAUAUUCAGAGGGCAUGAUGAUUGGAUGGUUAGAUUCAUAUAUCUGUGAAUAUCCUUUGACUCUAAAGGGGACUCUGCUAAAGGACGUUCAUCUUCCUGAGUUAUCGUGUAACACAACUCUGUUGAUUGUCACCAUUGUGGUUAUUAUGCUAGUUCUGGGGAUGGCUGUGGCCUUCUGCUGCUUCUACUUUGAUCUGCCCUGGUAUCUCAGGAUGCUAGGUCAAUGGACAUUGCAGAGGAUUAGAAAAACAACCCAAGAACAGCUCAAGAGAAAUGUCCAGUUCCAUGUGUUUAUUGCAUACAGUGAACAUGAUUCUACCUGGGUGAAGCACGAAUUAAUCCCCAAUCUAGAGAAGAAAGAGAAAUUGAUUUGCCUUCAUGAGGGAAACUUUGACCCUGGCAAGAGCAUUAUUGAAAAUAUCAUGAACUGCAUUGAGAAAAGCUAUAAGUCCAUCUUUGUUUUGUCUCCCAACUUUGUCCAGAGUGAGUGGUGCCAUUAUGAACUUUACUUCGCCCACCACAGUCUCUUCCAUGAAAAUUCUGAUUACAUAAUUUUUAUCUUACUGGAACCCAUUCCACUCUACUGCAUUCCUACCAAGUAUCCUAAGCUGAAAGCUCUUAUGGAAAAGAAAGCAUACUUGGAAUGGCCCAAGGAUAGGCGUAUAUGUGGACUUUUUUGGGCAAAUCUUCGAGCUGCUAUUAAUGCUAACUUAUUAGAAACCAGAGAGAUGUAUGAACUACAGACAUUUGUGGGGCUGAAUGAAGAGUCUCAAGGUUCUGCAAUCUCUCUGAUAAGAACUGACUGCCUAUAA